GAGGGUUCAGUCUUCAUAGAUCUCAAACCCACAUGCUCCUCUGUGUACACUUCAUUCUCCAAGCUUGCUUUCCUUGACUCCUGUCUCCUAAAUUGUACAUUAUUAAUCCAAAGUGCAAGAAGAUAAGUUUUCCAUUGUUGCACAUUGAAGAAAGAAAAAAAAUCAAAGCCAUCAUCUUCAAGGGUUUUUGAGGAAGUUGUGCUUUCUAUCCAAAAGUGUUUCACAAAGUGGGGAGUGUUAUUUGGUAUUUUUUGUGCUUCAUGAUUCAGUAACUUCUUUUAUUAGUCUUUUCCUGCUUUUGGGGUUCGCUAUAUUCAUUGUGAAUUCCAGAUCGUGCUUCAACUUUAGGCCUUCUCUACCUCAUAAGAUUUAGGAAACUGCUUCAUCUCAAUCUUGAGAUUGAUCCAUCUCUAUAAAUCAGUCCCUCCUUUUCGGAUUUUGAAGGCCUUAAUUACUUCUUGAUAAAACUGAGUAUUAUUUCGUCAGUGUAGAUUUAGAAGAAGAAAAAUGCAGAAGCCACCACAAGCUGUGGACUUUGCUCUAAAAGAGACCUCGCCCAACAUUGGUGCGGGAGCUUUAACGGGCGAUAAGCUCUCAUGCACCUAUGACCUUGUUGAGCAAAUGCAAUACCUUUAUGUCCGAGUGGUGAAAGCCAAGGAUUUACCUCCAAAAGAUGUCACUGGUAGUUGUGAUCCCUAUGUUGAGGUUAAGCUUGGGAACUAUAAAGGAGUGACUAGGGUUUUUCAGAAGAAGACGAACCCUGAAUGGAAUCAGGUCUUUGCUUUCUCAAAAGAGAGAAUUCAAGCUUCAAUUUUGGAGGUGUUUGUGAAAGAUAAGGAUGUUGUUUUAGAUGAUUUGAUUGGCAGGGUUGUUUUCGACCUCAAUGAAAUCCCAAAAAGGGUUCCACCAGAUAGCCCUUUGGCACCGCAGUGGUAUAGGCUAGAAGAUCGUAAGGGAGAGAGGGCUAAGGGAGAGCUUAUGCUGGCGGUUUGGAUGGGAACUCAAGCUGAUGAGGCGUUUCCUGAGGCAUGGCAUUCAGAUGCUGCAACAGUUGGCCCUGAAGGUUUUGUGAACAUCCGAUCAAAGGUAUAUCUUUCCCCCAAGCUUUGGUAUGUGAGAGUUAAUGUGAUUGAAGCUCAGGAUUUGCUACCUAGUGACAAAAGUAGAUUCCCUGAAGUUCAUGUGAAGGCUAUCCUUGGCAAUCAGGCUUUGAGAACUAGAAUAUCACAAAGUAAGACAAUUAAUCCAAUGUGGAAUGAGGAUUUAAUGUUUGUAGUUGCUGAGCCUUUUGAGGAGCCCUUGAUUCUGACUGUGGAAGAUAGAGUGGGGCCUAACAAAGAAGAAGUCUUGGGGAAAUGUAUGAUUCCUUUACAACAUGUACAAAGGAGGCUAGACCAUAAACCUGUUAACACUAGGUGGUUCAAUCUUGAAAAGCAUGUGAUAGAAGGUGAGCAGAAGAAGGAGAUUAAGUUUUCAAGCAGGAUUCAUUUGAGGAUCUGUUUGGAUGGUGGGUAUCAUGUUUUAGAUGAGUCUACACACUACAGUAGCGAUCUCAGGCCAACGGCAAAGCAGUUGUGGAAGUCGAGCAUUGGAAUACUGGAAGUGGGAGUUCUGAGUGCUGUGGGGCUGAUGCCAAUGAAGUCAAAAGAUGGCAGGGGAACUACAGAUGCUUAUUGUGUAGCUAAAUUUGGACAGAAAUGGGUUAGGACGAGGACUAUUGUGGACAGCUUUACUCCAAGAUGGAAUGAGCAAUACACGUGGGAGGUUUUUGAUCCCUGCACUGUUGUUACGAUAGGGGUUUUCGACAAUGGCCAUGUGGGUGGCGGGGGAAAGGAUUUAAGAAUCGGGAAGGUGAGGAUUCGACUCUCAACGCUUGAAACCGAUAGGGUUUAUACACAUUCAUAUCCGCUUCUUGUUCUGCAUCCUUCAGGGGUUAAGAAGAUGGGAGAAGUUCAACUGGCAGUGAGGUUUUCUUGCUCUUCUUUGAUCAAUAUGUUGCAUAUGUAUUCUCAUCCAUUGCUCCCUAAAAUGCACUACAUUCAUCCAUUGUCCGUAACUCAACUGGAUAGCUUGAGGCAUCAGGCUAUGCAGAUUGUGUCAAUGAGGCUGACCCGUGCUGAGCCGCCUCUAAGAAAAGAAGUUGUGGAGUAUAUGCUAGACGUGGAUUCACAUAUGUGGAGCAUGAGGAGGAGCAAGGCCAACUUCUUCAGAAUUAUGGGUGUUCUAAGCGGACUAAUUGCUGUUGGGAGAUGGUUUGAUCGGAUAUGCAACUGGAAGAAUCCUCUUACAACGAUCCUAAUUCAUGUUCUUUUUAUAAUCCUGGUUCUAUAUCCUGAGCUAAUAUUACCCACAAUCUUUCUCUAUCUUUUCUUGAUUGGAAUUUGGAACUACCGAUGGAGGCCAAGACACCCUCCUCACAUGGACACGCGACUUUCUCAUGCAGAUGCUGUUCAUCCUGAUGAACUAGAUGAAGAGUUCGACACAUUCCCUACUUCACGGCCAUCAGAUAUUGUCAGAAUGCGAUAUGAUCGUCUCAGAAGUAUAGCGGGGAGGGUGCAGACCGUGAUUGGUGAUCUGGCAAGUCAAGGGGAAAGGUUUCAGUCUCUGCUAAGUUGGAGAGACCCGCGAGCGACCACUCUUUUUGUGACGUUCUGUUUGAUUGCUGCUAUUGUUCUCUAUGUUACUCCAUUCCAAGUUGUUGCACUUCUAUUUGGCAUUUACGUGUUGAGGCAUCCCAGAUUCCGGCACAAGCUUCCUUCGGUUCCCCUCAACUUCUUCCGGAGGUUGCCAGCAAGAUCAGACAGCAUGUUAUGAGCUCAAGUUGGUCCUGUUCCUUUUCCCUUAAGUUCUAAUUGUUUAAGUUGUAGUAAGGUUGAAAUAGCACUAGAGCUUGUUCUACCACUAACCCGGUGUCCCAGUUCCUGGCAGAUUCAUGGUUGACAUUAAUAUGCAAUUUCUCUGGUAGUGAUUUCCUUGAAUUGGACCCUGUUUAUGUUGUUUAUUUGAAUUGUUGUUCAUUGAUUAUAUGAGACUGGUAGGUAUUGAUUAGUGGGUUUCAACUUGAAUACAAUCCCCCAUGUUUCCUCUGCA